AUGUCUCAAGAAGUCGAGACCAGAGGGACAAAGCCGCCCGCGGCGCCAUCAUGGGCCUCGAUCCCGAACAAAUUCCAACUCUUCAUCAUCUGCACCGUCCGAAUAGUAGAUUUCCUCCAACAGGCCGCUCUGCAGGCCUACAUGUUUUACCAGUUAAAGUCGUUUUCUCCGUCCGCACCAGACUCGCAGAUCUCCUUCGAGGCCGGCGUGCUACAGGGAGUCUUCACGGCCGCACAGGUGUUUACAGGCAUUCUCUGGGGGAGGGUGGCUGAUUCGCCGAGAUUUGGGAGAAAGACUGUCCUGCUCAUUGGACUAACUGGACAAGGAAUCAGUUGCGUGGGCGUAGCGUUUUCACGAAGCUUCCCGGUUGCUACCGUCUGGAGAUGCUUGGGCGGCGCAGUCAAUGCGACGGUUGGAGGGGCCAGGACGGCUCUGGCCGAGAGCACGGAGAAGAAGUUCCAUUCGAGAACCUUUUUGUUACUGCCUCUGGCGUGGAACAUUGCCAACAUCAUUGGGCCCCUUUUUGGAGGUCUGCUUUCCGACCCGGUCUACCACUACCCAGGACUGUUCGGGGAGAACUCGACAUUCGGCGGCGCGGACGGCGUGGGGUGGUUGAAGACGUUCCCCUACGCGGCUCCCAACUUGUUCUGCGCCUUCGUGCUCUUUGCAGACGCUCUCCUGGUGUGGUUGGGCCUGCGUGAGACUCUUGUAUCGAUCAAAUACAACCGAGACCGAGGCAUCGAGUUGGCCGAACACAUCAGCUAUCGCAUCAAUACUAUGGUCUUCCGGCGGUUCGGAUACAGCCAGCUCGGCCAGGUCGAGGUAGCCGGCUCCGAUACACUAGAUGACGAAAACAUCCCGUCCAGCACGCCGCUCACGUCGCUACCGCCCAAGGAAGUCGACCAUUCGUACCCGUCUACCUCGAAACCCCCACCACCAUCUGAGUCUCCCAAGUCUGCUCCCCCGUUCUACCACGCUAUCACGCGCAAUGUGCUUCUGGUCCUUGCAACAGUCGCAUUGAUGGAUUUUCAAAUGGGCGGCUUUGCCCAACUUUGGACCGUAUUCCUAUCCUCUGCUCGGCGAACUGAUGAAGAAAAGGCCACCAUCCGCCUCCCCUUCGUCUUUGCAGGUGGUCUUCAAUUCUCGUUACCCACGAUUGGCCUUGCCAUGUCAAUUCUUGGUUUCGUGGGCAUCAUCCUGCAACUCACACUAUACCCAAGCGUGAACGCGCGCUUCGGCCUGCUCCGAUCUACACAGUGGUCGUUGUUCGUGUUCCCCAUCGCCUACGCCCUGGCGCCGUACUUGUCUCUACUGAUCUCGGCACCAAUUCUACUCUGGUUUGGCAUUGUGGUCGUGGUGGUCCUCCAGGUCGCUGCACGCACCUUCGCCAUCCCGGGCUCUGUGCUAUUAAUCAACAACUCGAGCCCCAGCCCCGCUAUGCUGGGCACGAUUCAUGGCAUGGGCGCCGCGACCUCCAGUGCGUUCCGGACCAUUGGGCCCAUUGUUGCAGGUCAUUGGUAUGGACAGGGCCUGGAGAAGGGUGUCGUCGGCUGGGCGUGGUGGUGGUUGAGCCUCGUCUCUUUGAUCGGUGUGAUACCAAGUUUUUGGGCGAGAGAUGGGAAAUGA